ACCUAUACAACCCCCAUGAACAGUCUGCCACAGAUCCACAUCCAGGUCUGAAAGCUCUGCUCUGCUCUUCAACACCGAUGGAACCACACAAAGACCAGAUUGGUCUUCCUGCAGCGGUGGUUCAAACCACAGCAAAAAGGCUUGAGCCAGGAUUGAUCCCUUACCACCUAUACGACCCACAUGAACGGUCUGCUACAGAUCCACAUCCAGGUCUGAAAGCUCUGCUCUUCAACCCAGCUACAGAGGAGCGUGCUGACCCAGUCAGAAUCAGUCCCACCCAGAGUUUACUCAUGAUCCCAGAGCAGCAAUUCCACCAAAUCUUGGAUGCUAAGGACCAACAGAUCUCAGCUAUGGAACAACAGAAAAACGAGCUACUGAACAAAGUGAAGAAGCUGUAUAGUGUGGUUAACCUGAACAGCAUCAAACAAUCAGUGGCUUCCAUGAAGAAGAAAAACCUAAAAACAGCCAUCACAGAAGAGCAGAGGAGAAGAGACGUAGCUGAGACUUCCUUAGCUCAGCUACAGGAGGAAGCAACCCAGGUCCAGACGAAGCUGACUCAAGCUCGAGUUCAGCUUCAAGACCCACAAAGAGACACUAAAAGUGUUCUAGAUACAGAGGUGGAGAAGCUCAGAGAGCAGAUGAGACUCCAUCAAUCUGCAGCUGAGAAGGAGACGGCUGUUCUGUAUGCAGAAUUACAGAAACAGAAUCAGCAACAUGCAGACGUCUCUUGUAGAAUCAGCCAGCUGGAAGAAGCUCUCAGGGCUGAGAGGACCACGACAGCCAUAGCUGAGACCUGCUUGGCUCAGCAAGUGAAGGAAACAGCAAGGCUGAAAGCUUCACUAGAGAGAGUCCAGCAGGACUUUAAAGACCAACAGCACCAGUGGAAACAGGAGGAAUCUGAUCUCCUCGCUGAGCAAAACAACGCUAAAUCCAUCAUGAAAACAGCUGUGAUGGAGAAACGAGGACAUCUGGAGAACCAAAGGCAGAAGUGGGAAAAGGAGAAGUCCUCCCUUCUUGCAACUAUAUCCACUCUGACAGAAACAAUCGCAGAGGAGGAAGCAGAGGAAGAACAUUUUAAAGACGUCCUGAUGGACAGGAUAACAAAUCUGGAGAAGUUCCUGAAGAAAAAACAACAAAACAGAUCUCUUCCAAAGAAAGAAUCCUCAAGGUCAGUAGAAGAUCCAGAAAGACCUCUGAGAACUAAAACACCAAGUGUGAGAGUUUCUCACUGAAACCUUCACACUCUCAUCCUCCUCAUCUUUACCCUUCACCUCCUCCCUGACCCCCUUCUUUCAUCCCACUGAGCAUUACGGUUCGGUUUGGUUGGAAAACAUCUUUAAUAGACAUUUAAAUGGACCAUUUAAAUAUAUAUUCUGAAAUAUGAUUUUGGAGUUUUAUAUGGAAAUGAAAAAGUUCUGCAUAUGAUACUAAUAUAAUUUUAUAAAAAUAUAUUUUUCAUAUAUUUAUUUUUAAAGAUAUUCAACUUUAAUACCUGAAAUCAAACAAUCUUCAACCAUAAAUCAACUUUUAAAGCUCAGUUGGCCUUUUCAUUUCUUCCUGUUCUCUUAACCCUUUACCCCCAAUCUUACCCCCUUUCAUCCUAUUCCUUUCC